CCGCAUUUAAAGGAGCACCUCGAGAUCGCACCCCUUGUGUGGCCACAACCGACUGCAAAAGACAGAAGCUCGUUCCAGUAAGACGCCAGGGUUCGAAAUUGACCCUAAAUGCUCAUCUCAAAACCACUGUUCACCAUAUGAACAUCAGGAAAUCCCUACGACUACGCAGAAUGCAUACGUUCAACUUGGUGCUUUGUGUCGCUGCAUCCACAGUGCUUGCGAUAACGAAUGUCGCUGCCAGAUCAUCCGGUGCGCCGAGUGAGGCCUGUGCAACUAUGGUUCCUAGACAUGGUUCCGAGGACACAUCUAGAAAAAGCCGCUACAGGCUCACGCAGAAUCACGUCAACUUUACAGAGGAUGACAUCAUUGAAGUUAAACUCACCGCCAGGUUUGGGGCUACAAUCAAGGGUUUCUUGAUCAAGCCCAUUUUAGACGGCGAAGCAAAGGGUACCUUCCUGAGAGCGAGAGACAAACAACCGAUGCGUGAUUGCCCAGGGUUCGCAACACACGUGGAUGGUCGUCCGAAGAAACUCGUCACCUUUCUCUGGUUGCCGCCACGCCACCAUGGUGCCGUUACGUUUGUAGCAACCGUUGUAAAGGACUACAUGACUUUCUACACAAGCAUCACCAGCGUGGAGGUGGUGUAACGCCGAUGGCCCAAAGAUUAUUAUUAUCAGUGAAAAGACCGCCAUCCAAGGCACUCUAUGGAAACAUUCUUAGCUAUCAAAAUGCUCAUUUGUUUAAAAUUCUCUUAUGAAGCCUAAAUAAAUACCAAGGUUCUCGCAAGAUGACGUUCGUAGGCGAAGUUUUGUGAUAAAGCGCCUGUUUUUCUAUUAGUGAAACUGAUCUAAAAAUGCUAGUAUGGCAAGCGCUAUCUCUUGCUCCUGAAGUUUUUCCUAUAGGAAUGAUUGCAACUCG